UCCACUCAUCACAUUGUCAUUAUAAACGCAAAUGUGUAAGUAACGUAAAGUCAGCUCCUUCAUAAUUAACCGUAUCUGUCAUUUAAAAAAAUAGUCACAUUUUCCAAAUUGGCAACUCAGAUUUAUGAAGUUGACGUUGAUUUGUUGUAUGUCAAUAUAAAAACAUUAUGCGUCAUCGGAUGUCGUUCAAGGUACAAAAGUUGUACUUUUAGUUGAUUAUUGACAUCGACACAAAAAAUCUACCCCUAGUACUGUGGCGUCCAAUUUGAAAAAUUAAAUUUCGAGCCGAAAAAUCGCAUUUGAAAAAUAAAAAAUUAUCUUAAAUUAGUGGGUUUGGUGGAAUAGUGAUAAAAAUCACCCUUAGGUUGGUAGUUCUAGGGUGUUUUGUAAGACAGCGCAGGGCGCAGGUAGUUUUUAAAAGGGUCCAUUGGGGGUGGGGUGGGUAUUCUGUGCUCGGCUCGUGACCGCACUUGUUGUGAUUUGUUGUUUUGGUGUUGUGAACGUAAGCACGUGCGAAAAUUAGCAUUCGUUACCAUGAAUCACACCUUAAGAAGCCGCCAAUUAAAUCCAUGUGACGAACUAUAUUGGAAAAGUCGGGGAUGGCCGCAGCGGCCCUAUAAUUGGCGAGAAAUUUUAAACAAUCCAAUCCUGAACCCUAAAAAUAUCGAGUUCUGGACGGCAAGAGGAUGGAACCAUCGUCCUCAUGACUGGUAUGAACGAAUAUAUGCUCAUGAUGACGAAGACACUGAUGACGACGAGUCCGACAUUUAUAGCGAGGCAGAUUAUAGUGAUGAUGAUUAUUAUUACUCUGAUGAAGAUGAUUUUUACUACAGUGAUGAAGAUGAAUCUGAAGAAUGUGAUGAAGACUAUUACAGUGAUCAGGAUUACGAUGAAUAUGAGGAGGAAAGAUUAAGAAGUCUGCAAAACAAUCCCAACAACGUGGAAUAUUGGCGCCUGCGAGGUUAUUUGUCCCGACCCUCCAACUGGCGAGAACUUGCAUACGGUUAUUAAUAAUAUGAUACUCGAUGUUGUUUUUUAUAAAUUUUUAUCUAAAUAUAAGUAUUUUUCUAA